AUGGCAGAAAACAAGGCUGUCGAGGAAUUCGGGAACCUCCUGGCACAAAUGUCAGGCCUGAAGCCUCCCGGUGUUUCUGGUUCCAAAAUCAAGUCCCUGACAGAAAUAAGUAUUGAAAAUGUUCAGUCCGAAUCCAUCCUGAUUCAAAAGCUCUACACUCAUUUCAAGAAGACACCUGGUACACACAAACUAGGCGUGCUGUAUGCCGUAGAUUCCAUUGUUCGAGCAUACAUAGAUGAGGCCCGUAAAGCCGGUCAGGAUCCCACCCAGGAAGGACCCGACGGUACAUUUAGCGCUGGUGUUCAUAGGAUCACCGGCCUCCUGUCAAGCUUAAUGAACGACAUCAUGAUUCAUGCUCCCGAAGACACCAAGGAAAAGAUCAAGAAGCUCAUGGACAUUUGGCAAAGAGGCUCUACCUUCCCAGCCGAUCUCAUCAAUUCAAUCCGUUCCAAACACUUCUCGUCGUCACCGCAGCAGUCGCCUGCCACCGACAACACCUUCCCAAAUGCUUCCCUCCCAUUCUCCAAUGCUCCUGCUACCCAGUCUAUGGUACAGUCUGAUCCAGCCAGCGCCCCCAAUACUGCUGCUAUCUUGCAGGCUCUCGCACAAAUGACAAAAUCAAAUCCCUCUUCAACUCCGGUUCCGGCUGUGGCCCCAGUAACCACGCAGCCGCCGCCUUCACAGAUCCCAAACUUCGCUGGCCUGGGCAGUGCUUCGGCUACACCCGCUCCAUCGACCCUUCCCGUUUCUCUCUCCAACUUUGGAGCCCAGCCACAGCCAACUGCUGCCGCUGCUACAAAUCUCCAGAGCCUUCUUCCCGGCCUCCUUGGUGGUAAUUUUGGUGCCCCCCCUCAACCUGCACCGCCUGCUCAACAACAAGCUUUCCAAAAUAUUGGCUUGCCCCAACAGGAUCCAAAUGUUAUGACGCAGCUGGCUCUGCUUCAGAUGCUUACGCAGGGCCUGGGUCAGAACCACCUCGCACAAGCAUUAGAACAGGCCAAAUUGCCAGGACAGCCUGCGUAUAACCAAGCGUGGCAGCAACCCACACAACCAAACCCCUACGAUAGGUACGAAGAACGUCGUAGCGGUGGUCCAUUCUCCCCCGGACGUGAUCGAUUUAGACGGUCCCGUUCUCGUUCCCCUGGUUACGGCGAUGAGCCACCAGUCAGACGUAGAAGCCCCGUCUACGGUGAAUACUCUGGUAACGGAGGUAAUGAUGGUCGAGAACGCGAGUUUGGCAAGCGAGGCGGUAGAGGUAAUCGUGGGGGUGGGAAUGCUGCUAGAGGAGGCUAUCGUAGAGAUCGAUCUGCCAGCCCACAGCGACAACAGGAUCUUUGGGAUACUCGUUCUCACCCCCCACCCGGCCAGAAAUUUGUUGAAUAUGACGAGUCCCUCAAACCGGACAGGAUUCGUGUCUACAGUCGAACAUUGUUCGUUGGUGGUGUCUCGUCGUCUGAGCAAGAACUAAGACAGCUCUUCCAACAACACGGCGAAGUUCAGUCUUGUAUCGUCAAUUUCGAGAAAAGGCAUGCAUUCAUCAAAAUGAAAACUCGAGGCGACGCUGUCAGAGCCAAGGAAGCUCUUGAAACUCAUCGCCUUCCCCAUAGCGUCCUCAGGACAAGAUGGGGUGUCGGUUUUGGACCACGUGACUGCUGCGAUUAUGCCACUGGUAUCAGCGAGAUUGCACUCGACAGAUUGACUGAUGCAGACCGCAGAUGGCUUCAAACCGCCGAAUUUGGUGGCAUUGGCGACCGACCAAUUGAAGGCGGCCUUGUCCUCGAAGAGCCAGACAUCGAAAUCGGACAAGGUGUUUCCUCCAAGGCGAUCAGCCGACGUAUGCAGACCGAUCACGCUGGCGCACGAGGACCUAAAUCCUCGUUCCAGCGAUUUGAUCGGGACAACUCCAACAACUACGACAGUGGUAACAGGCGGGACUACAACGGCGGACCCGACAGAGAUGUUAACACCGAAGUUCCGAUCACAGCCUCUGUUCCAGGAUUUGGUGGAUUUGGGGGCGGCUACGCUCCAUUGAUAUACCAACAACCAGGCCAACAGUAA